AUGAAUCAGGCUUCUCAUAUUCUUGGAAUCAAUAGAUUUUCUGAUUUAAACCACUCUGAGUAUGUUUAAAAAAUAGGCAAAAAUUAAUAAUCUACCAAGAGAUAAUUAGGUGAGAAUAUAAAAUAUCAAAAGCAUCAUGAAUUUAAAAAGGAACUUAUGAGCUCAAUGUAUGGAAGUGGAUUGCCAAUGUAUUAUAAUUGGAAUGAUAGAAAGGCUGUGAGUCCUGUCCAUGAUAAUUUGAACUGCGAGCAUGCUCACUGGGCUUUUGCAGUGGCAGAUGUUAUUGCUAGCACAGCUUUUAUUCAAAAUAAUGGUGCUUUUGGCUAAGUGGAACUUGAAACUCUUUCUGCUCAAUAGUUGAUUGAUUGCAUGCCAGAUCAAGGAAAGUGGCCAGGUUGCACCUACAACGCUGAUUUUAAUUAGGCUUUUGAGUACGUUAAACAAAAUGGGCUUUAUUCAGAAGAGGAUUAUCCUUUUACUGGAACAAAAAAUGAUUGUAAAGAUAUAGACAGUAAAAAGGUGGUUAUGAUAAAUAGUUAUACUCUAGUUUCUAUCAGUGAUCCAUCAUCUAUGAUCGAGGCAGUUUUCAGGAAUCCAAUAGUAGCUGAGAUUGAUCCUUCAUCAUAGCUGAUGCAGAUGUAUAAAUCGGAUGUUAUAAAUAGCCAAGAAUGUGGUCAAGAUGCAUGGCAUAAAGUUUUAAUUGUUGGUUGGGGAAUUAACGAAAAAAAUGAAUAUUGGAUCGUCAAGAAUAGUUGGGGCACAGACUGGGGUGAAUAAGGCUAUGCAAAAAUUGCUAUGGUUGAUGGACCAGGAAUAUGUGGAAUUUAGUUGUCUCCUUACAGUGUUGAUAUAGGGCCAUUCAAAAACAAAUUAUGA